CAAGCGUCCAUUUUCUACAGAAAUCGUAAUAAUCAGUCUUGACGUUUUCAAAGGCAUUGAAUGAAUUAAUAAUAUUUUUUACUGAAAUAGAUGAAAAAGUGAUUAUUAUCUCCUGUUCUGUAGAUUAAGUAAUACGAAAAACAUUAAGAAAAUGAAAAAUACGUGACAAGAAAAAGAUACAUCACAUGAUAAUUUUCUUGCGAUCCUAAUAUGACAAGGUCUGUUACAAAAUAUUGGUAACUCGAGCCAGUCUGGUUUUGUUUGUGUCUAGUUUGUGCACUUGUUCGAUGGUGUUUCGUGAUUUUAUAACAGCAAUUAUCAAGUUCAAGUGGAAAUGGUUCGAGCCAGUAGCUUGAUGGCAGCCCAGGAGGGCGUGAAGACCCCCCACCGCAUUGAACUAUGCGAGGAGAAGCCUGUCAGACCUACGCGCAACUAUAGAAAGCGCAGGAUUAUAGCAGCAGCACAGCCAAAGACUGAGAAUGCGGAAAUAACUUCUGAACCUCCACUAAAAAAGAUAGAAUUGAGAUCGAAGCCACUGAAGACUAGCAACGGUAUUACCAAUAUGACAAACGGACAUACAUUGAGGUCGAGAGCGGCGCGCGCCGCCGCCCGCGCUGCAGAAAGUCAUAAACUGACUGAAUAUUUUAAGGAAGAGCUCAAAAGUCCCAAAGUCGAGCCUCCACCUUCGCCUCCCCCCAUCGAAAAAACAAUUAACAAAAUAGAAAAAGUUGUCAAUGGUGACACAAACCAUAAACUUACGGAAUAUUUCCCUGUAAGGCGUAGUGUAAGGAAAACUUCCAAAUGUGUUAUGGCAGAGAAAAUGAGGGACUUGGAAAGGGCUGUGAGGGAACAGAGGGAAGAUGGACUACAAGUGGCAUAUUUCGACGGCAAGGGCCGAGGCGUGAUAGCGACGCGUCCGUUCGGCCGCGGUCAGUUCGUGGUGGAGUACGCCGGGGAACUAGUGGGCGUGGCCGAGGCGCGGGAGAGGGAACACAAAUAUGCGCAGGACCCGGAGGCCGGCUGCUAUAUGUACUACUUUAGACAUGGAGACCAACAGUAUUGUAUCGACGCGACAGCAGAAUCCGGUCGCCUAGGGCGCCUAGUGAACCACUCUCGCAACGGCAACUUGUCCACAAAGGCGGUGUGGGUAGACGGGCCGCGGCUGGUAUUGCUGGCUGCCCACGACAUCGCGCCGGGCGAGGAACUCACCUACGAUUACGGAGACCGCUCCAAAGAGUCGCUGCAGCACCAUCCCUGGCUUGCGCUUUGACCUGGGUAUGGUCAACGAAAAUCUCAUUGGACUACUAAGAAUUAUUUAUUAAUUUAGUCUUAGUUACUAUGAAGUUUGUUUGUUAUGAAGUUUUAUGUUGAUUGGACAUUCAUGUGUUUAGUAGUGAGACAAGUGGCCUAACACUCUCGGAUACAUGACGGAGUGGUCGCUUCACGAUAUAUAAACUGCCUUAAACCACUCGUGGUUAUGUGACUAAGAUAUGGAAAUAUUAAAGACAAUGUAAGGAGGUAACGUCAAAGCAGUUGUAUAUCCGUAAGAAGUAUGGACCUCUUGGCAUUCGACGGAAAACACUUAGUCAUAUUGCAAAUGACUGAAUUUAUACAAAGAUUUGUAUAAAAUACGAAAUGUACUGACUAAAAUGUAGUUAAGAGCAAUGUGUGUUGCUUAUUAGAUUCGAGGGACAGAAAUUAACUUAUGAACCAACUGUUUUGACGAUCUCUACCGUACACAAAAGAUGUUAGAAUGUUUGUAAGCAAGUUGGGUUUCUUUCCGUAAGUUAACGUUUUGUAAUAGUAUUGAAGUGUGAAUCAGUAUUUCAUGUUGGUUUUGUGACGGGAGUAAUCUCAGGUCCAUAGACAAUUGGUUAAACGUGAAUACUUAUUUAGAUAACAAAACCUAUGGUUUUUCUAAAUAGUAGUGACGGUAAAGAGGGUGAGUUCUAUGUUGAAAAUGGAGAAAGUGGAGUUAUAGAACAAUAUUCAGUGGACGUGAAGAUUUGAUUAUUGAGGCUUAAUAAAGAGGCCAAAUUAACAAAGUAAACCGGUAAUAAUCAAUUAUUCUUGCGUUUGACGUCCGCUGAGUAUAAAUUAUACUUUCGACUAGGUAUCUUAAAACAGGGAUAUAUUGUUAUACAAAAUUGUUCCAAUGUAUUAAGAACUAUUUUGGGUAGACUAUAAGUCCAAUGUAAGAGAUAUCCAGUAGAUAGUUAAAUUGAUAAUAGAAUGUUGCAGAGUGCCUCAAGUACUUGCUAAGUGUACUUGGUAAACGGAAGCAACGCUUGACACGGCUAAGUACGUCACAUUUUUAUUGAAUCGACGUCGGCUUGAAGAAAAAUGACAAGAUUUUUGUAGUUAGGGUAAGGAAACAAUGUUGUCUGGACAAAUCUGACAUAAUAAUUAAUUAUAGUCUAGACUACCAGUUGAAGGCAACUUGGGUGUCCAUUUCUAGGAAAACAUGGCGACGGUAAUGUCAGUUCCUAGUUGUCGCUCUCCUCCAAGCCACGUCUCAAAUGGAACUUUAGCGGAGAUGAAUGAUGCCUAUAAGGUA